AUGAGUCCUAGCGCCAAUACCGUCACCACGACUCGGAAGGUAGCCCCCCCGGCUAAUAAAAAUCAUGUGAUGAAGCCGCCUACCGUCAAACACAAUGAUGUUUACAUAUCCUAUGAGAAGAUUAUAGAUUCCCACACCAAGAACUGGCCCCCUCGCCGGCGCUACGAGGUACCAGAGUACAGCACAGAAGCCAAUCCUAAUGAUGUUGUGGAAGGAUUGAAGCGCGUGGGGGGUGUUAUUGUGCGCGGCAUCGUCUCGCAGGAGGCCAUCGCCCAGAUGGAGAAGGACAUGAGACCUUACCUGGAGGCCGACACUCCAUGGGAAGCCAGCAAUGAUUUCUUCCCGCCGUCAACUCGACGUGCUUUUGGAUUGAUCGGCAAAUCGAGGACUGCCGCCCUCGAGCUCAUCGGCAACGAGCUUUACCAGAGCGUCUGCGACAAAUUCCUUACCACCAAGGCGUACCCGCAGUAUGGAGACCGCGAUAAACUGACCGUCUCCCCGCCUCAAGUCAAUAAUACCAUCGUCUUCUCUGUCCGCCCGGGAAACAGCUUCGACCAGCCUCUCCACCGAGAUGAUGACAUCCACUACCCGAACCGGUCUCGGAUCGAGUCGUAUCCUGAGCCGCCCAACUCGCGCGAAUAUGGCAUUGGAUUCUUUGUCGCCGGUACCAAAACGACACGCGCCAACGGAGCGACAAGAUUCAUUCCUGGAAGCCACCUGGAGGACACCACGCAGCCUCCCAAUGAGGCAGACGCCGUCUAUGCCGAGUUGAACCCCGGAGAUGGCUUCAUCAUGUUGUCUAGCUGCUACCACGGCGGCAGCAAGAACACAACCAAAGACGAAGAACGCCUUGUCUUCAGCUGUUUCAUGACCAGAGGAUGGUUGCGUCAAGAGGAAAAUCAGUACCUGGCCGUCCCGCUCCAAGUGGCUAAGACACUGCCGUUGAGGAUUCAAAAAUUGAUGGGCUACGCCAUUAGUGAUCCGAUGCUGGGAUGGGUGGAUUUCAAAGACCCUCGCGUUGUCCUUGAUCCUAAGGCUGACAGAGUGGCUCACUAUUAA